UUCCUGAAGACACUAUCCUUAACCCUUUGUGCAUUUUCAACUCUCCGAUAUGGAGACUUCGAUGAUUUUAAUCUGGAGGAUGUGCUGAAAGAAACUUCCUCAGUAAAGCAGAGCCACUUUAGCACCACGACUAGGAGGACAGGAACAACCAGAGCCCCAUCAAAUCCAGCAGAGAGAUGGGACCACAUCACCACUACUACAACGAGAAGGCCAGGAACAACUAGAGCACCGUCAAAUCCUAUGGAACUUGAUGGGUUUGACUUGGAAGAUGCCUUGGAUGAUCAAAAAAAGCCAAGUACAGGAGAAGGAGGAGGUUGGUCAGACAAGGAUCUCGAAGAUAUCUUGGGAGGCGGGGGAUACAAACCUGACAAGAAUAAAGGUGGCGGUGGUGGUUAUGGCAGCCAGGAUGACCCUGGAUCAGGCGCAGUGACGGACCCUGGCACCAUCGCGGGCCUGGUCAGCGCCCUGGCCGCGGCCCUCCUCGGAGCCGUGUCAGGCUACCUCUCCUACCAGCAUCGGAAGUUCUGUUUCAGUGUCCAGCGCGGCCUCGACGCAGCCUACGUGAAGGGGGAAAACCUGGAAGCUGUGGUGUGCGAGGAGCCCGGGUUGGAAGCCGCGAUGUGCGAGGCGCCCCCAGUGACGGACUCCACACAACACACGCAGCCCACAGAGCCCCUGGCACCAGAGCGGCCCCGGAUCUGAGGCCUCACUCAAUGGUCAGCGCUUGACACCCUGAUGUCCUCGGUUCAUCCUUUCCCCGGGUUCCUUCCCCAUCCCCAGCUUCUCCCCACAGCUCGUUUUCUGCACCAGCCUUGGGGGUGUGUGAGUUGCGGUUUCUGCGCCUUUCCGUGCGGACCGCGCUGACCACUCUACCGUGCGGCCUCGGGAGAGACUCGGAGCCGAGCCCUGCGAUCCCCGUUCAGCCGAGUGCGGUGCGCACAUUUGUGGUUUUUGCGCUGACCACUGAGCGCUGUGAGGAGCGCGCCCAGCUGGUACUUGGUGCAUUCAGAAUCCACUUGAGACAAAUCAGACAGCUGCAACACACACGCGCGCACACACACAC